CGCAAGAUAAACCUCUCCUCUCCUUUCCUUUCCUCUCCUCUCCUCUGGUUAAGUUCAAUUCUCCUGCAUUCAUAUUUGAAACUUUUGCAUUUUCUCAAAUUGCAACUCUUCAUUUUCUCUAGAAAACAUUCUUUGGGAAAAAAACCAUGAUUUCUUCAAUAAAACACUCCACAUCUGCUUUCAAUUCCACAAGUUUCUUUUCCAAGAAACGUUCAAUCACCAGGCCACAAUUCUUCCCUUUACUCCUUAUCAAGAACGUUCAUAAUGGCUUCCCCAACCAAUCUUGCUCUUAUCAAAAACCUUUGCACCUUGCCGCCAUUGAGAAUCUUGCAAUUUCCAAAAAAACCCAACAGAGGAAAAUAGAGUGUCAGGCUUAUGAAGCUGACAGGUCUAGGCCCCUGGACGUAAAUAUUGAGUUACCAGACGAGGAAGCAAGACUGGAGGCAGCUAAAAGGAUAAAGAUUGGGAUUUACUUUGCUACUUGGUGGGCUUUGAAUGUAGUUUUCAAUAUAUAUAACAAGAAGGUUUUGAAUGCCUUUCCUUAUCCUUGGCUUACAUCUACUCUGUCUCUGGCCGCUGGCUCUUUCAUGAUGCUUAUAUCUUGGGCCACAAGGGUUGCUGAUGCUCCUAAAACCGAUUUUGAGUUUUGGAAGAACCUUAUCCCUGUUGCGGUGGCACAUACUAUAGGGCAUGUAGCAGCAACUGUGAGCAUGUCAAAAGUUGCAGUUUCAUUCACUCAUAUCAUUAAGAGUGGUGAACCUGCUUUCAGUGUUUUGGUUUCAAGAUUUCUAUUAGGAGAGGCGUUUCCAUUACCAGUUUACUUGUCACUCUUGCCAAUUAUUGGAGGUUGUGCACUUUCAGCAGCAACUGAGCUCAAUUUCAACAUGACUGGUUUCAUGGGGGCUAUGAUAUCCAAUUUAGCAUUCGUGUUUCGGAACAUUUUCUCAAAGAAAGGGAUGAAGGGGAAGUCUGUUAGUGGGAUGAACUACUACGCAUGUUUGUCUAUGUUGUCUCUAUUGAUUCUUACACCUUUUGCAAUUGCUGUUGAGGGUCCUCAGCUCUGGGCUGUUGGCUGGCAGAAGGCAGUCUCACAAAUUGGACCCAAUUUUGUCUGGUGGGUGGUAGCUCAGAGUGUCUUCUACCACUUGUAUAAUCAGGUUUCAUACAUGUCUCUGGAUCAAAUUUCUCCCUUGACAUUUAGCAUCGGAAAUACAAUGAAGCGAAUUUCGGUUAUUGUCUCCUCCAUCAUCAUCUUCCACACACCCGUCCAGCCGGUCAAUGCCCUUGGAGCUGCCAUUGCAAUCCUUGGAACCUUCCUUUAUUCACAGGUAUAUUCUCUUCUCUCUGUACGCAACUUGGGACCAAAGUCUGGUACAGAGACAAACUGGUCAGAAUAGCCUUUCGAUAUCCUUUUCGGCCAGCGCUACUGUUUUUUAAACCAAUGAUACUGCUAACUUGGCUUUGAAUUUUGAGUUAGGCUCUUUAAAGAAUUGGACUUCAAUUUCCAACUUGUUCUUGUUUUUAGCUUGUAUGCUGACGAUUUCAAUCCACUGCUAUGUUAGUUCAAUGAUUAAUUGCCUAAUGGUUAAU